GAAAGAACUUCAUGCUGAGGAACUCACAAGAGAUCACCAUCCAGAUAGAGAAGAUGAAAGGGCCCGGAUAGAAGCAUCCGGUGGAUUUGUUCGUGUGUGGGGUGUUCCACGUGUCAAUGGCAUAUUGGCUAUGUCCCGAGCUAUUGGUGACGUGCUUUUAAAAAGAUAUGGUGUUAUUGCAGUCCCUGAAGUCACUGGCUGGAGACCUUUAACCAGUGAAGACAUAUACUUGGUGGUAUCAUCUGAUGGUAUAUUCGAGACCUUGACUCCGCAGAAUGUGUGUGAUCUUUUACAUAAUGAGGCAUCAAAGGUCUCGUCUGAAUGUUUGUUGUCAUCCUCAUUAGCCGACUGCAUUAUUCAAACUGCUUUUAAGAGAGGCAGCAUGGAUAACUUAUCAGUUAUCUUGAUUCCAUGGAAACCACCCAUUAAACAAAUGGCAUGGGCAGCUGCUGCAUAACAACUACAGUGAUAAGUUUACAAUUUCGACUUUUUUGCUCGCUAAAAUGCCGCCGGGCUACUACAAACGGAAAGACUAUUUGCGAAGAUUUUACAUAAUCUCAUUUUCCAGAAGGCGAUGAGAAGUAAGGAUGUUGUAAUGCAUCAUCAACUGUAAGAUGGUCCUCCUGUAAUUCAAAUCCAUCAAAUAUCAUUGAUUUUUAAUCUAAUAGUCAAACAUUGGAGAUCAGAAAACUGAAACGGCAUAUGGACACCAUAACUAUCAUAGUAGUGACAUAAAGGAUUCUGAUGUAAACAGAUUGUCGAAUGGAUUGAAGAAUAAUUGAAUCAAAAUGGGAAAAAUGUAAUAGUGUAGAGAGAGUAUCCGAACUUUGAUUUGGAUCCAUGAUACUAUUCUGGAAAGAGAACGACAAAAUGAAUAGAACUCAAGGCUUUGUCUUGACAUACGAUGGAUUUUGGCAAUUCAAGUUCGUUUAGGAUUCGAAA